UCCGCCGUCACAUAUUUUCCCCUCUUUUUUUUCGUGUCAGAUUCGCUUUCUCUACGGCUGGACUAGAAGGAUUAGGGAUUUACCGGUGAAAGAAUAACUCCAGAGAUAAAUCUGUAACCAUGGAUAUGAUGAAGAAGCGUAAGCUCGAUGAGAACGGUAACGGACUCAAUACCAACGGUGGCGGAACCAUUGGUCCAACUCGAUUGUCGCCGCAAGACGCGAGGAAGAUUAUCGAGCGAUUCACCACUGAUCAGCUGCUCGACUUAUUGCAAGAGGCUAUCGUACGCCAUCCCGACGUGCUUGAAUCUGUCCGAUUAACCGCCGACUCUGAUAUCUCGCAGCGGAAGCUAUUCAUCCGUGGUCUCGCGGCGGAUACUACUACGGAAGGUCUCCGUUCGCUUUUUUCCAGUUACGGAGAUCUAGAAGAAGCUAUUGUGAUCCUUGACAAGGUCACUGGGAAAUCGAAAGGGUAUGGUUUCGUCACUUUUAUGCACGUUGAUGGAGCUUUACUAGCUCUGAAAGAACCAUCUAAGAAAAUUGAUGGGCGUGUUACAGUAACGCAGCUCGCGGCAUCUGGAAAUCAAGGUACGGGUUCCCAGAUUGCAGAUAUAUCAAUGAGGAAGAUCUAUGUGGCGAAUGUUCCUUUUGAUAUGCCGGCGGAUAGGCUAUUGAAUCACUUUAUGGCUUAUGGAGAUGUUGAGGAAGGUCCUUUGGGUUUUGAUAAGGUUACUGGUAAAUCUAGAGGCUUUGCAUUGUUUGUCUACAAGACAGCGGAAGGUGCGCAGGCUGCUCUUGCUGAUCCGGUGAAGGUGAUUGAUGGAAAACAUUUGAAUUGUAAGUUGGCUGUUGAUGGUAAGAAAGGAGGGAAGCCUGGAAUGCCACAAGCUCAAGAUGGUGGUUCUGGUCAUGGACACGUUCAUGGUGAGGGAAUGGGAAUGGUGCGUCCUGCAGGACCUUAUGGUGCAGCUGGUGGUAUCAGUGCUUAUGGUGGGUACUCUGGAGGACCACCAGCGCAUCACAUGAAUUCCACACACUCCUCAAUGGGUGUUGGUUCUGCUGGGUAUGGUGGACACUAUGGUGGAUAUGGAGGUCCAGGUGGUACUGGCGUCUACGGUGGACUUGGCGGUGGGUAUGGUGGGCCUGGUACUGGAAGUGGGCAGUAUAGAAUGCCACCAAGUUCGAUGCCUGGUGGUGGUGGUUAUCCCGAGAGUGGGCAUUACGGUCUUUCAUCAUCUGCUGGGUAUCCUGGACAGCAUCAUCAGGCUGUUGGAACGUCCCCUGUGCCAAGAGUUCCUCAUGGCGGAAUGUACCCCAACGGUCCACCAAACUACUGAAAAGGUGCGGUUGUUCUCCCUUGUAUAUUUUGGGGUUUAAGAGUGUGUUGCAUUAUCAUGAUUCAUUGCAUAGUUAUAUAUUCUUCCCUACUUUGUGGCAUAUUGUUUUUGCAGGUUGUGCGUAAUUUUCUUGCUAGAAAUUCUCUGCUAUUCUUUUCCCUGUGUCUCUUUUAGUCUAUUUGCUUGUUAGUACUGUGUUAGCUACUUGAUGCAAUGCCUUUAGUCGAUGUUUUUUUGCUUGUGUUCAUUCCUUUAUUUUAACGCAUGAAAGAUAGCCAGAAAAGUGGCACCUUGAACCCUUUUAUGGGGAAUGUUUGUGGCAUUCUUUCAUGCAGUUUUUCUGUUUGUCUUUAAGCUGCUAGUCUGUGCACCAUGCUUUGUCUCUCUAUCAUUUACUUUUUGUAGUAAUGAGAGUACGCAUGUGAUCGUUCCAUCUUGAGUCCUUGUUUUCCUUCUCAGUAUUUAAUCUUCUUCUGAGGAUAGCAUGAGGUUGAUUUCUUUGAUAAUGCUAAUGACCAAAUUGAGUUGUGAAUGGGUGUUGAUUCAGGUUUGUGACAGCAUAUUGGGUGAAGAUGCUUUUUGUGCUUAGUGGUGAUUACCUGAUUGCAGCUCUUUAAUCUCUGGAAUGAUGAAUGUAUAGCUGCUUUGACCUAUCUGCACUUGACCUGAAUGUGCUUUGGUUUCUAUAAUGAAUGAUUAGACUAGGAUAUAUUUAUGUACUUUUAAAUAUAGACAUACUCGGCAAAUGAGUUUUGUUGGUCAGAUUAGUGAGUCUUCAAUAAUAUGUUGUAUUUUCUCCUACAUUGUUUUCUGGUUUAUGUCCAGCCACUCUAUUGGGCUUCCUGAUUGGUGGUUAUAUUUCUUGAACUUUGAUACUUAAAUGUUUGUGACUUUUGGAUAUCUAAACCUUGCUGAUUGGUGGUUAUAUUUGUGACUUUUGAGGACAUCCAGACUGGCCCUAGAGGCUAUGAUUUGUGAUUAUUGACUAAUGAUGCCUAGGUAAAGUGGUGCAUAUUUUGUGACCAGUCAUUGGCACUGUACGUGUUUAUCCAUGUCAAAACCAUAACUUGAGUAGUGCUGAGUUUGCAUAAAAAUGUGAAACAUGAAGGUGGUGUUGAAGUCUUGCUGUUAUUUCAUGCUAAAUUGCGACCCAGUUGGUAUUGUAUGACAGAAACUAUGUUCUUUCAAAGCUUAGUGUGGUUAUUCCAAGGGUAUGGAGGAUAUAUCGAGUUGUUGACUUGUUUAAAUUAUGACAUUAUUGUAUCGUGAAAAUCUCAUGGCUUGUGAUGUCGAGGUGUUGCUUCUCUGAUCCCAAGAUGCUGAGUUUGUUUUUGUUUUUUGGGAUUUGAGAAAAUGAUAAUGUGUUCUUAGUCUAUGGUGGGGUCAUUUAUUUGUCACUUCGAAGACAGAUUUUGAUGCCCGAAUAGCUCUUCUUGCUUCUUUCUUGGUCACAAACAAAAGACAAUUUGUCAAUUUGUGUGUUUUAGGUGUAGAAAAAGGCUAGAAAGCUGUCAUUGUUAAGCUUGUAUAGACUCUUUUCUUGCCAAUGACCAUUCGUUUUUUUUCCCCUUACAUUUUGUCCUUUUUGUCGAGCGAAUCUUCAAUGUUCCUAACUGAAAACGGAGUGGGCUGAAGAAAAUCUCAACAACGGCUGGAGGCGAUGUAACUUGAGCUAUCGAAAAGGAAUGGAACUGCGACGAAACCAUGUAAAUAAUAAUAAUAGUGUAUUGUUGUUCUUUGGUAUAUUUUCACACACACUCUCUUCUGUAACUUACAAAAGAAUAUUCAUAAUCACGUUUGAAUAGCUCUUAGACACAAAUGAGUUGGGUUAUAAAUUAGUAAUUAACAAUGGCAUGUUACAAAUUAGACUAACAACAUUGUAGCAAAUCAAGCCGAUUAUAUUUUAUUUAAUUAGUAAAAGAUUAACACAACAAAAGAAACCUGAAAAUAGUUAAGUGG